UCUUCUCGCUCUGCACUUUGCAUGCGAAAGCCCAGAGGAAAGGCACCAUGAAGUGUUAAAAAUAACAAAACAAAACAAACCAGCAACAACAACAACAAAAAAUUUACUCGCAACAACACCAGCUAACACUUCCAGCUGCAGUUUGCAAGCUGCAAAAGAGAGAGAGAGGAGAGAGAGAAGGGAGGGAGAGAGGAGGAAAAAAAAAAAACCUUUAUGCAAAAGGCGAAUAGCAAGAGCCCCUCGCUCUGAUGCAUCAGCGGCAGCGGAGACUCUGCAAAGGAUAACGCGGAGCGGGAGCGAGAGCAGCCGGGGCGAAUUGGAGCGGAGGCUGCGAGGGGCCGUGGCGAGAGGCAGAGGCAGGAGAGCGCGGAGCGGAGCGGAGCUCGCCAAAAAUCAAGCUGGCUCACCCGGUGGCAACUCAGAGCAGUCCCCUCGCUCCCGGAGCGCACCCUUUCUGGAGGACUGUCAGCAGCAAAAGGAUGGCAUCAGAACUGGCAAUGAGCAGCUCCGACCUGCCCACCAGUCCCCUGGCCAUGGAAUAUGUUAAUGACUUCGAUCUGAUGAAGUUUGAAGUGAAAAAGGAGCCGGUGGAGACCGAUCGCAUUAUCAGCCAGUGCGGCCGCUUGAUCGCCGGGGGAUCGCUCUCUUCCACCCCGAUGAGCACGCCCUGCAGCUCGGUGCCCCCGUCCCCCAGCUUCUCGGCGCCCAGCCCCGGCUCCGGCACCGACCAGAAGACCCACCUGGAAGACUACUACUGGAUGACGGGCUACCCGCAGCAGCUCAACCCGGAGGCGCUGGGCUUCAGCCCCGAGGACGCGGUGGAGGCGCUGAUCAACAGCAGCCACCACCCGCUGCCCGGCGCCUUCGAUGGCUAUGGCGGCGCGCCCCACUACCACCACCACCACCACCACCCGCACCACGGCGGCGGCGGCGGCGGCGGCGGGCACCCCCACGCCGCGGCGCCGGGCAGCGCGCCGCCCUCCUCCGCCUCCUCGGCCGCCGGCUCCGGCGGCGGCGGCGGCGGCGGCGGCGGCGCCGGGGGGCUGCACCACCCGCACCACGGCGGCGGCGGCGGCGGCGGCGGCGGCGGCCUCCACUUCGACGACCGCUUCUCCGACGAGCAGCUGGUGACCAUGUCGGUGCGGGAGCUCAACCGGCAGCUGCGGGGCGUCAGCAAGGAAGAGGUGAUCCGGCUGAAGCAGAAGAGGAGGACCCUCAAAAACAGGGGCUAUGCCCAGUCCUGCCGCUUCAAGAGGGUCCAGCAGCGGCACGUCCUGGAGUCGGAGAAGAACCAGCUGCUGCAGCAAGUGGAGCACCUAAAGCAGGAGAUCUCCAGGCUGGUCCGGGAGAGGGACGCCUACAAGGAAAAAUACGAGAAGCUGGUCAGCAAUGGCUUCAGAGAAAACGGAUCCAGCAGCGACAACCCUUCCUCUCCAGAGUUUUUCAUGUGAGUUCCCACAGCCUUGCCACCUUAACUAAAAGUUCUCCGUGUGAGUUGUUGUUGGGGGCUUUGCUAGAGCGACAACCCAGCUUGCCACCUUCUAUUACUUUUUUUUUUUUUUAAACUCAAAACGAUUUUAAAACAAAGUUGUUUUUUGGGUUGGUUUUUGUUUUUCUUUUGCUUUUUUUUUUCUUUUUAAGGUGGGCUGGCUCCGUGUUGGCCAACCUAAAGUUCUACAUGAGUUCCUUUUCUGUUUAUUAUUAUUAUUAUUUUUUUAUUUUUGUGGGGGCUUGCUGUUGUGGUUUUUUUUAUUAAAUUUAAAAGAUCCAACUCGCCACCAACUCAGUUCUUCAUAUGAAGCUUGCUCUUCUUUGAGACCUGCCAUCCACAUUAUAUAUAUAUUUUUAAGUUCAUGAGGUUUUUUUUUUCUUUUGAGCUUGCUGUGUCCAAAAAAGUCAGAUUUUUUUUUUUUUGCCAUCCUGAGUUCUUCAUAUGAGAUUUGAGCUUUGCAAAAAGAAAAAUAAAAUAAAAAAAAUAAAAAAAACCAAAACAAAAACAAAAAAAUACAAAAACAAUGUGAAAUUUUUAGACUCCAGCUUGCUGAGUUCCAUCAGUUUUUAGCGUUGUUGUGCAAAACUAGAGAUAUGCCUAGAUCAACCUGCCAAAAUCAAGCCUGCAUCAACCUUCGGUGUGUUCAUGUGAGUUUUGGCCUUAAUCUGCCAAACGUGAGACUUUAGUCUGCCAUUAGAAUCCCAUACUCAUCUCAUGCAUUACGCUUGCUAUUUUGUCUUAGCAACAAUGAACUAUAACUGUUUCGAAAGACUAUGAAAAAGAGACAUUAUAUUAAUAAAAAACCCUGCAUGCUGGUCAUGUACGGUAUAAUUAUUUUUUUUUUCUUUUGCUUGGAAAUGGACUUUUGGAGACUAUUAUGGCAUGGCAUUCAUCCUUUUGUUUUAUUGCCUCAUCACUUUUUUGGGUUGAAAGCAAAAAAGUGCAACCUUUGAUCUUCCUCCUCCUCUUCCUCCCCAUUAAAGUUUGCAUCUGCUCUAAAACUGCUUUGAGUUACUCAAAACUUCAGACUUCCUUUUAAAUGCACUGAAGCAUUCCCUGUCAAAAAACCUGCCAGAAUGGAUUUUGAUAACCUAAUGUGGCAAAAAAAAAUCACAAAAAAACCACAAAAAGAACUUUGGAAAGAUGUUCAAAAACAAAAUUCACAUCCCACUUGGGGGGGACAUUGAAACCAUGCUGUUGCCUAAAACAGUCUAAAAAUUAAUUUUAAAUGAUCUGCCCCAUUUUUUUUUCCUUUUGCAUUUGGUCAUUGUCAAAUGUGGAAUGCUCUGGGUUCCUAGUAUAUAAUUUAAUUCUAGUUUCUGUCAUCUGUUAGCCCAGUUAAAAUGUAUGCUACAGAUAAAGGAAUGUUAUAGAUAAAUUCGAAAGAGUUAGGUCUGUUUAGAUGUAGAUUUUUUUUUAAAGAUUGAUGCACUAAAUUGUUUACUGUCGUGAUGUAAAGGGGGGUAGAAUUUGCAACGGGACUGUUUUAAAAAGUAGUUUAUGCAGCAUGUGCUUGCAACUUAAAUAUAAGUUGGGUAUAUGUAGUCCUUGCUAUACCACUGACUGUAUUUGAAAACCAAAGUAUUAAAAGGGGGAGGCACCCCUGUUUAUAUCUAUAGGGGUAUUUUACAUUCAAAAUGUAUGGGUUGGUUUUGUUUUUUUUUUUUUUUUCAAAAUUGAAGUAUUUGGGACUGAAUUGCACUAAGAUAUAACCUGCAAGCAUAUAAUACAAAAACAAAAAAAAAAUUAUGAACCUGUUUAGAACGCUAAUACAAUUUAUGCAGUUAUAAAGAUGGCAUUACUGCACAGUUUUAAAAUGAUGCAGAUUUUUUUACAGUUGUAUUGUGGUGCAGAACUGGAUUUUCUGUAACUUCAAAAAUUCCACAGUUUUAAAGGCAAUAAUCAGUAAAUUUUAUUUUCAGGGACUGAUAUCCUGUCUUUUAAAAAAAAAUGGAAAGUAAAUCUUACCACAAUAAAUAUAAAAAAAUCUUGUCAGUUACUUUUUCUUUUACAUAUUUUGCUGUGCAAAAUUGUUUUAUAUCUUGAGUUACUAACUAACCACGUGUGAUGUUCCUAUGUGCUUUUCUUUCAUUUUCGACUCUAUGGUUAUAUCAAAAGAGAGAAUAAUCUACAAUAAUAAACUGCAUUUUUUUGAUUCCGUA